AUGCCGAAGAUAAACCACCCCCGAAUAUCUCCAACAGAAUGGCAACAUCACAAGAAGACGAUCCAGAAGCUAUAUCUAUCCGAAGAUAAGAGCUUGAUGGGAGAAGGUGGCGUGAUCGAAAUUAUGAAAGGGAAGGGUUUCUCUGCAAGUAAACCACAAUACGAAGCACAGUUCAUGCGAUGGGGCUUUAAGAAGAAGUUGACUCGCGAAAACUGGCAUACCAUUGGACACAUCAUCAAGAACCGGGACGAGCUUGGGCGUGUUAGCUACGUAUACGCAUAUGGGGCGAGACUUCCUAUCAACAAAGUGAAGAAAGAGACAGCCCGAUAUAAGACUUGUGAUAGAAAUAGAGAGUGCUGUACAAAGCAACUAUUACCCGCCGGCAUUGAAGUCCAGUCGGACAAUGAGGAAGAUGAAGAAACAAUCCUCAGCCCGGAAGCCCAAGAACUAUAUUCAAACAACACUUCAAACACAUGGCCUUCAGUAGAGCCGCAUACUCUCGAGGGGCCCUGGAAUCCAGCACCCGUUCUUGAUCUUUUCCAGCCAAGGGAUCCUCAAAUGUUCCAUAGCAGACUUCUGGCCGAUCUUCCGACUCCUAAUACGACUGACCGUACGUUCCAGAAUGCUCUAUUCUGGAAUACCGGGUUGUCGGGUUCGUACUCCCAGCCAAGUCCAUUCAAUAGCUGCGAUGAUGUUGUUCGACACUCGUCCCUUGGGAUAUCAAUCCUCAAGAAAACAUUUUCCAUGCCUAUGAACACUAUCGCUUUAUUCACCGACCUCAAUACCCCACUAUUCCGCGAAUUCCGGGCUUUAUUGAAAGAUAAUCAACCCAAAAUCUUCGCCUCAAUCAAUCAAAUGAGAUAUCUACUCCCAAGCGAACCGAACCAACUUCAGAAGGCUUCUGUGGAUCUGGUCAUACUGAAGCAGAUACUGUAUCUUCUCAUGAAUAACUUCGCUGGCUCCGACUAUGCAGUGUUCGACACCAUCUUCGAGCAAGUCAGACAGUUUUCUGUUGCUCACAUGGAGGAUAUGCUGAACACGCUACCGCAUCCAUACGCGGCAGCACUUCAGCAAAGUAUCUUGACUAUCGCUAUCAAGUCCAACAUAUCAAUCCUCGUAGAAGUCAUCUUGAGAAGAGGUCUUGACAGCAAUCGGGUCACUUGCUACUUUGGUGGUGAGAUAUUCACGCCUCUUGGAUUAGCAUGCAAGUUUUGUCAUUUAGAGGUCGUGAAAGUUCUAUUACGCGCAGGUGCCGAUCCCAACCGGAGUCUGCGUGAUGAUCUUAGGUUCAACUCUAUUUCGUAUCUGCUUAGCACGAAAACCGGAAAUUCGAGGGAGGCUAGCUUCCCACCAGUUGUGUGCAACAUUCUGCAACAACUUCUUGAUCAUCAUGCUAGGAUUAGCUGGAAAGUUCUGGACGUUCAUGCAUUUUGGAAAAAUGAAAUGCUUAUAGAUGUUCUCAUACAUCACAAUAAGUUUUCCAUCAAUUCCGAAAGCCCAUCCUCCGAGUUCGACAUAAAGAACGUACUCAACCAAAUAAUGAAGGUUAAACAUCAAGAAAAGAUCCCCCUGAUCAUUCAGACAAUCUUGGGAAACGAUUCAGUUUUACUAAAUGAGGGUUUUGUUUACAAAGUAUGGAUGGCCGAACUUCUCCAAAACGCUUCGUACAGGGGCAACUUGAGUUUGAUCAACUAUAUUCUGGAACGGCUAGGAUUGAUUCCAGACUCUACAUGCUUGUAUCCGUAUCUACUAGAGGGUUAUUGGCUGGGUAUAACGACCACACCAUUUGCUGAAGCUAUCAGACGGGGCAACCAAGAAAUGAUUGACCUACUGACGAGUUCGGGCGAUCUAGAGACCACUAUCAAAGAGAUACAUAUUGAAUCAGCUAUAGUUGCUGCCGCUGAAACAGGAAAUCAAGACCUGAUCCAACAUCUACUUGCGAUGCACAAAAGAAGUUUUUGGGAGAUCUUGGGAUCGUCCUUUCUCAAAAUCCCCAAAAGCACUGGGAGAAUAAGUAAGAUUUGCUGUUACGCUUUGACUGCUGCCGUUUUGGGAGGCUACAAAGAUAUUAUAGAACUUCUAAUGGCGGCCGGUGUGCAGCCAGAUGGUACCAGUGUCGCGGCUGCAAUUUUGACGCGCAAUGUACAGCUUUUUGAUUUGUUCCUUGAUACAGCAGUUUGUAUCAAGAACUCAUCUGGGCUUGCAAUACUUGCUGUGCGUUGGGGUAGUCAGCACGUUCUCAAACGAUUGAUCGUUUGUGGAGCUGAUCCUAAUGAAAGAAGGAUAGAUCUGGAGUAUUUGAGCUUACCGUCAUUGUAUCCUGAAAGGGAGAUGGAUUUGGAGAAUCUAAUUUUAUGGUCAUGGCAUCUUGAAACGAAGAAGAUACACUUUUCAACUUUAAACGAAGCUAUGGAGAGAGGCGAUCAUGACACGUUUCAGCUGCUACUCGACCACGGGGCGCAUUUUAUUACGAUUUUCUCUGGCAUAGCGACCUCAGCUUUGGAAGAAGCUAUCAAUUGCGGUCACGAGACAUUCGUUCACAAACUCCUCGCUCAUGGUGCGGACCCAAAAGACCCUGGUGCACUCCAGGCUGCUAUGAAUAAAUCUCAAACUGGCUCCUUGCUAGAAGUGAUUGAGCAACAUAACGAGACAAUGGUUAGGAUGCUGGCAAGCUAUAUUGCUCUGAACAGAGUAGCAUUUCGACAAGCCGUAAAUGGAAAUAUUAUGCCACUUGGGAAAGGAAUUGCUACGGGUAACAUCAAGAUCGUGCAAAUCCUCCUGAAAUGUGGUGGCGAUCCAAAUAGCACAGUUGAGGUCGCGGAAUGCUUUGGUCCACAUCGAGGACGAUUGAAUGCUGUAUUGAAGGCGAUACAGACUGGGAGUCUUGCUAUGGUGGAACUCCUACACAACGCUGGGGCGGAUUUAGGGUUCAACGCAACAAUUGGCAUAGCGUAUACAUCACUACAGCUUGCCAUUGAUCUGGGUCACUUUGAAAUCGUUCAAUACCUGCUGGAACAAGGUGUCGAUGUCAAUGCACCACCUUGCAUCUGGGAAGGGGGGACUGCUCUCCAGUUCGCUGCCAAAACUGGUUCCGUCCUCAUUGCAGAGAUGCUCCACAAACGCGGCGCCGAAAUCAACCACCCAGGUAGCAAAUACAUGGGUACGACCGCAUUCGAAAUUGCAGCAGCACACGGAAGGAUAGAUAUGCUACUUUGGCUCUUCCAUCACGGUGUAGAUAUUGUGUCGGACGGUGGGGAGCAAGUCUGUAGAGCUUGCAAGUUUGCUGAAGAAAACGGACAGAUAGCGGCAAAAAAUCUGGUUGAGCAGCUCGAGACGGAAGCAAAACAGAACCUUCUCUUCACUGCAUAUCAAGAACCCUGGUAG